ACUAUGCACAAGGAAGUGAAAUUGGUCCCAAGUGAGUUGUUCGAAAGAUCUUACCGAUUACGUUAUUUUUGAAAAAAUGUAUUGCACUCUAUUGAAAAAAGGACCGAUUUUAUUUACAUUUCAUGCUCAUUAAAAAUCUUCAAACAUGUUAUUUGGUUUCGUUUGUUAGUAUUUCAGUCAGUCUCGUUCUCUCGUAACCUACCCUAAUCAAUGGUAACGGCAUAUACAAAAUUCGCGUCCCUUCAUCAGUAAUUCAAGUAACAUAAAUUUGUCGUUACCAUCCACCCAGUACAUGGCAACAAACUUGUGUACAUAUCAUUAGUUUUUAGUCUAGUCAAACAGUUUAUUAAUACUGGUUUAGUCAUCUUUCGAAGAAGCACAAUUUUAGAAUAGAUAGUAUUUGCAUUAGAAGUGACUACCAUUUGAAGUUAUAAACGAUGAGGAUUUCACUACGUAGUAUGGAAAGUUUGUACUCAAACAAAAGUUCCAACUUUUCUGCAUUACACCGGCGGAAAGCUGCUGCUGCUGCUAGGCAACCGGGGUUUGUGAUAGCUUCAAGUAACGAUGUACGACAUCGGGUGAUGUCGGCGCGUGUACUACGCUUCAAGCAGCUUCAAAAUCAGUUAGAGGUCGCUCACCAUCAAAUUGCGGAACUGACGAAAGAUAAUCGAUUGUUGAGAGCUCUCCAGAAACGCCAGGACUCUGCCCUGUCCAAGUAUGAAAAUACUAACGCAGAACUGCCAAAAUUAUUGCACUCACACGCGGAGGAAAUACGGACGUAUCAAACUAAAUAUCGAAAUCUACAAAACCAGAACAAAGAGUUGCUUAAUAAACUAAAGCAAAAAGAUGCUCAUAUCUUAACCAUAACCGAUCAGAACAAGCAUCUUAUUCAGUUAAACAAGGACAGGCAUCUUGAGGAACGCGAGCGGUUAACUGAGCGCGUACGGGAUCUCGAAACACGUUUGAUUGAGAAAGACAAUGAUGCCAAAAUGCUAGCGAGACGACUACAGCUAGAAACAAAAAAUUUCAAGGGACAGUUCCAGCAAGAGAUUCUUAAACAGCGCGAGCUUGGACAAAAAUUGGAACGAGCGCACAAUGAAAUUCAACGCCUAAACUCCGUCAUAGAGAUUUAUGAGAAACGAACUCCUUCAACUUUAUUGAAGAACAGUAGCUUUUUGAUGAAGUCUCCUAAACCAACAUCUGGCCAACUUGCUCGAAUACCAAACGGUUCACCAACAAAACCCGCAUUUCCGUUACAGAGCCUUGCUGAGCCAGUUCCUGUGACAACUAUGGAGAUUUCUCCAAAAAAACAUCUUGAUGAAGGCGACGGUGAUCAUCGAAUGAUCAAUGUUAGUCCCCAAACACUGCGGCCGUUGGGCGUGAUUGAAGAUCCGACACCUGCUGUUACCCCCGCCAAAUUGAAUAAGACGAAGAAAAAACAUUCAAUUGCAACGGUUUCCGAAGAACAAAACAAUAAACAUCAAGCAAGCAACGAUCAGCAACCAAACCAUCAGCUUGACGAAACAUUCUGUAAGGAAUUCAAUCAAUAUGCUCUUCAACAGGAAACCGAGUUUGACGAAGUGAUCGAAAACGAACUUUCUAGAUUGAAAGAAGACAUUUCAUUUGAGGGACAUGCAAACGGUAUCUUACAAAGAAAAAAACACUUCGUCACGACUGAAGUUUCCUACGAAGAAGAUUACGAACCGGAAUUAUAUCCUGAAGAAAAUAUUGGAACAAAAUCUGCAAUCUAUGACCAUAAACUACACAUUACUGAACUGGAAGAGCAAAUUCGAAAUAUGGGCGGUCCAUUAUUGAAUGGCAUAGAUUCCAAAUGUCUCAAUGGCAAGAAAAGUGCCUCGUCUAGCGAUACGGACCAAGAUUCUAAUACAAGCACUAACAUAAGCAGAGACUCGUCAUCUAAAGAAUUUGAGUCCAUGAAACGAGAAAUACGUCAAAGCAUAUUAAAGAAAGAAUGCUUAUUGGAUACAAUCUGCGAUGAGAUUAACGGCAAGGAUUCACAUCCAAAGUCGCAUAUCGGACGUCCGAAAGACUACCAAAAGCGAUCGUUAAUUGAUCCGAAAAAGAAGAAAAAUUUACUUGAAGCGCUUAAAGCGAUUGAUGGUGAAAGUUUUGACAAAUAAUUUCGUGUCCAAUAAGAAUGUUGCCAUGUAUUUUAUUAGCAAUUUUCUUCGGUAAGGAGUGAGUAUUUAUGACUGUCUGAUGAAACGAAUUGUAUAUAUUUCUAUGGUUGCAGUUAUUGAAAUAAAUCUUUAUUUUCAAUGUUCAAAA